AUGAUCGAAAGGGAUGUAGAGAAAAGAGUGAAUGGUGGCAAGGGAGAGGACCAGCGAGAGAACCAGGAACAAGUGAAAGGAAAGAUGCUCAUCGGCUAUCAGCUAGUUAGGUUCAAAAUGGCUACACAUCAGAAAAAAAAGACUGAAGAUGAUCACUCACAUGAUAUUUUGUCUGCCGAGGACAGUGAUGAAGCAGAAUUAGAGGAUGAUUAUUUUCAUCAUUUUAUCGAGGGUGAUGUAGUUGAAGAUGUUGGGCAAGGUAGUGGGGGUUCUUUUAAUAUCUCUGAAAAUCAACUUGAGUGUUUAAAGAUAGUUCCUACGCCUAGGCAAUUGGAAGACAACAUUGGAGAUAUGGUGUCUGAUUUGGAAGAUGAUGAAUUGUAUGAAGACUAUGUGUCAGAUGAGGAAGAAAAUAAAAAACUGCCAAAGAAUAUAAAGUACAAUCCUACUAUGAUGUCUAAAGAUUUUGAAUUUAAGCUUGGAAUGGAAUUUACUUCAAUUGAAGAGUUUAAGAAAACUGUGAAGGAGUACUGCCUCAUCCAUGGAUAUGAUAUUAAGUUUUUGAGAAAUGAGAAACAUAGAUGUCGAAUUAUAUGUAAAAAGAAAUGUGGUUGGUUGGCUUCAUCUGAGUGGAUUGCAGAAAAGAUAGUACCACAUGUGAAGAUGAAUAAAAAUAUGAAGUUGGCAGAUGUGGUUUCAACUAUAAGAGAAGGUUAUAUGGCCCAACCAUCAAUUAAUAAGGCAUAUAGAGCUAGGAAGCUAGCAAGGGAAAUGGUUGAAGGAGAUCACACAGAAGAAUAUCAUGUGUUGAGGGACUAUUGUAAUGAAAUUAAGGAAAGGAUGCCCGGAUCUACAUUUUGCCUUGUUACUGAUAGGCCAUAUGUAGACCAACCACUUGUAUUUAGAAGAUUGUAUCAAUGUCUUGAACCGAUAAAAAGAGGUUUUAAGUCAGCAUGUAGGCCAAUCAUUGGGUUGGAUGGAUGCUUUUUGAAGGGCCAAUUUGGACGUAUAUUGUUAGUGGCUGUAGCUCGUGAUCCUAAUGAUCAAUAUUUUCCAUUAGCUGUGGCUGUGGUUGAAAGCGAAAGUAGGGAUUCUUGGACUUGGUUCUUGCAAAACUUACUGGAGGAUAUUGGGAGCAUGGCUGAAAAAAGAUGGGUAUUUAUUUCAGACCAACAAAAGGGGUUAGUUCAAACAUUCGAACACUUGCUUGAAGGUGCUGAACAUAGAUAUUGUGUGAGGCACUUGUAUGCCAACAUAAAAUCAAGAUAUGGAGGUGGAACCAUAAUAAGAGAUCUAGUUAUACGUGCAGCAAAGAGUACUCAAAAUGUGAUAUGA